AUGAACAAGGAGAAAAGAGAGAAGAAACAAAAGAAAAAGAAGACAGAGGAUAGCGGUAUAGGCGAACUAAUAAUCACGGAUAAUAUUGCCUGUGAUUUCACCUACUUAUCAAGCUUUAAUAUGGAUUCGUUGCUCAAAGAAGCAACCAAACUGCCCGGCCAAUACAACAAAGAUAACAAGAAUAAUAAAGUGCUAGCACCGCCUAAGGAGGAUCAAGAUGAGGAGAGUGGUAAUGUUAAUAAAUUGUCUGAAGCAGCUCAAAGGCUUGUUCAUAUAUGUGAUUCGAUUUGA